CUCAUGCCCCAAACUCAAGCUGAGCAAAUUUGUGAGGUUUGGAGUAGCAGGCAAGACCUUUGGUGCUGGUGCUCGUCUCUGGGAGUUGCUCCUUGCAGCUCUUGAUGCUGUUGGAGGAUUUUUCCCAGCCAUGGUACAUUCAGGCAGUGGGGGCACCCAGGAGACAAGCUCACAGCAGUAGAGGACAUGGCAUCAGGUGCCAAAGAAGACAUGGAGGAAAGCAGCUGUGCUGAAAGUGGUGGCAGCCUGAGCCAGCUGCCACAGGCAGGACCGCUGGAGGCAGCAGAAGACUCCCAGUGCCCCAUCUGCCUGGGGCACAUGAAGAAUCCGGCCUACGUGACCUACUGCAUGCACAAAUUCUGCUCUCAGUGCAUCUGGCAGUGGGCCAUGGGGAACGACAACUGCCCCGUGUGCAGGCAGCCCAUGGAGAAGCUGCUGCACUCAGUGCGAGGGGACCGCGACUACGAGGAGUGCGAGAUCGGCCUGCUCGCCCGCCUGCGGAGCGUGAUGGCCGAGCAGUGGGGCCUCCAGGCACUCCCUGCAGAGAUGCUACAAGAAGCAUGGGUGGCCCAUGACCAACAGCCCUUGGCUGGCAGAAGAGGCCUCCUGGGGACUGAGAGUGCCCAGAGGCAGGAGGCAGCUCCAGGGCCCUCCAAUGCUCCUUCCCAGCAGGCUCCCACAUCCAGUGCUUCCUAUGAGACAGCCCCACCGAGGGCAGGCGAGUGUCCGGCUGGCCCUGCUGCUCCCCUGGACCCACACAAUGGCACUGUGUAGCUUUGGCCCCUCAGCAAUCCCCCCUCUCCUGCACAAUAAACAGCAUGGUUCUUUCCAGCACA